ACGCUCACACCUCUCCACUCCACCACCCUCCUCGUUCCCCCCGCCGGCCAUCUCGGAUCUCGCGUGGGUACACAGAUGGGCGCCGCGGGGCAGCUCCGUCGCCGGACCCGCGCGCGGACGCCGCCAGGGCCAAGACCGGAGGCCGCCGCUGCCGGCGACGACGACGAUGUGAGGUGCGAGGCGUGCGGGUCCGGGGAUGCGGCCCCGGAGCUGAUGCUGUGCGAUGGGUGUGACCGCGGGUUCCACAUCUUCUGCCUCCGCCCCAUCCUCCCCCGCGUCCCUGCCGGCGACUGGUACUGUCCGUCCUGUCGCUCCCCGGCCUCCUCCAAAUCCCAAUCCGCCGCCGCUGCUGCUCACACCGUCGUCGCCAAGAAGCCUAAGCAAUUCCCGCUGGUCCAGACGAAGAUCGUGGAUUUCUUCAAGAUCCAGCGGGGCCCGACGGCGCCGGCCGAUGCGUCGGCGGAGCUGAAGAAGCGGAAGCGGAAGUCCGGGGGCACGGUGGUGGCGUCCAAGAAGAAGAGUCGGAGACUGCUGCCCUUCAUCCCGAGCUCGGAUCCGGCGCAGCGGCUGCGUCAGAUGGCGUCGCUGGCGACGGCGCUGACGGCGACGGGGGCCGCGUUCAGCAACGAGCUCACCUACCAGCCCGGUAUGGCGCCACGCUCCGCGAACCGCGCGGCGCUGGAGGCCGGCGGGAUGCAGGUGAUGAACCGGGAGGACGCGGAGACUCUGGCGCGGUGCCAGCGGAUGAUGGCGCGCGGGGAGUGGCCGCCGCUGGUGGUGGCGUACGACCCCGUGGAAGGGUUCACGGUGGAGGCGGACCGCUGCAUCCGGGACCUCACCAUCAUCACCGAGUACGUCGGCGACGUCGACUUCCUCCACAACCGGGAGCACGACGACGGCGACAGCAUCAUGACGCUGCUGUCGGCAGCGUCCCCGGCGCGGAGCCUCGUCAUCUGCCCCGACCGCCGCAGCAACAUCGCGCGGUUCAUCAACGGCAUCAACAACCACACGCCGGAGGGGAGGAAGAAGCAGAACCUCAAGUGCGUGCGGUUCGACGUCGGCGGCGAGUGCCGCGUGCUGCUGGUGGCCAACAGGGACAUCUCCAAGGGGGAGAGGCUCUACUACGACUACAAUGGCUCGGAGCACGAGUACCCAACGCACCAUUUCGUGUGACGGUUGUGACCACAGCACCAAGAGCGGCAAGGCGAGGCGAUCGGAGUCUGCCAUUGCAGCUCCAGCUCUGAUCUCACUACCAAAAUUGGACCUUCGAACUGGCCAUUGGGGAAAGGGAUUGUAAUGUCAGAGGUUUCCUGUUGUACAACAUUCUAGAUGGCUUUUGGAUGAACCAGCAUCAUCAGUGUUUUGGGCCAGUUUGAAUUAGCUAAGGCUAGUUAAUAGUUGAAGCUAUAAGUCAGCCUAAAUUAGCUAAGGUUAGCUGGCUAGUUGGCUAACAACUGAGUAGUUGUUAUUCCCUUGUUUAGAUGGAUUAGAGCUAAAAUUAGCUCUAUGCAUCCAAUCAGGCCUUAUGAAAGCAAUGGCAAAGGCCAACAAGUUCACCAUCUCA